AUGUUUGCUCGAACAGUCUGGUCUGAUGAGAUUCAAGCUCGAGCAAUCUAUGAUAUUAUUCAACACUUUGAUCUAGCAUCAUUUAAGGUCAUCGGAACUGUGAAGGAUAGUAAUAGUGAUAGUUUAGCUGCCUCGUUGGAGAAGGAGAUUGAAUACAAUGGAAACACAGAAAACUUCUCUAUCUGCGAUAUAGUCAGGUUUCCAGUUCUUUCUGGGUUUUCAAACCAGUGCGCCUGCUCAGUCAAGUCUCUCAGCAGAGUAAAAAGAUCCUCCCUUGAUGAAAGUCAAACCCCUGUAUUUGAUGGUAGUGAACCCUCUUUGUCAGAUGAUGGUCUACCCCCUAUAUCAGGAGAUGAUUUACCCCCUAUAUCUGAUGGUGGUCGACCCCCUAUAUCAGAUGAUGGUCGACCCCAUAUAUCUGAUGGUAGUCGACCGUCCAUUAGCUCGGAUCCCAAUCUAUCAACUGAGUUUGAAGCACUUGUGAAUCAUAUUAACAAGUCCAAAGUUGAUGCAUUUGUUGUUGCAAUCAAAGCUGAAUCCAAGAUAGAUUUUCUCCGUGUGCUGCAAGAUCUGAAGAGGAGUGGAUCACAACCAAGAAGAUUGCAGAUGAUCGCUACAGAUACCUGGGAUAUAUCUGACGAUCUAGGAGUAUACAAUGUAUCUGAUUUUUUAGAGGGUUCCAUCACCAUAGUCCCUGAAAACUCUAAGAUGGCUGAAGAAUCUAUUCGAAACCAUCUAAAAAAUCUAGUUUCAAGUAUUCUUGAGACUCCACAGAACAACAGUAAUCCUUGGUUGAGAAAGAUUUGGAAAUCCGUUUCUUGCUGCAGUACUUCAGCAAACUUAGCGGACUGUGAUCUGGCGCAAGUAGAUGAACAGUUUGCUAUUGAUACAAAGAUCGAAAAUGUGAUGAAUGCUGCAGUACUGUUUAGUGAAGCAAUCGAAUCAUUCUUUUCCUCCUGCGAAUUGGACAAGGAUUGCCUGUAUAGAAGUUACCAGGGGGAUCUUUUCUUUAAAAAUUAUAUAAUGAGGGUGAACAGUGAACUCAAACUCUGGGAGGAAACAACUCAAGAUACAGGAAGGAUACAUCUGGACUGCAUUGGGAAUAGUCCUGCUAAAUAUGCCAUCUAUCAAUUCUUCAGGGGAAAAUUCCAGAAAAUUGGAAACUGGGAGGACCUGGGAGACCACACUGGGAAACUUAACAUUCAACCUGUAGUCCAACUCAAGAACAGAAAGGAUGGUACUGGAAGUAGCCUAUGUUCUCCAAUAUGUACUGGAGAAACCUAUCAGAUUUAUGACAGGGUUUCAGAUGAGUUGACCGCCUACGAUGAUUGUUGUUACAGUUGUCAAGAAUUACAAGCUAAUGCUGUUCUUCAACAAGGACAGAUUAAAUAUUGUGAGAAAGGCAGUUGGCCUGGGAGGAAUAGGACUGUGUGUGAAGACAUACCUAUAGAAACCCUAUACAAUAUCAACUAUUUACCAGUCACUAUUGGUAUAUCCUUUAAUAUCCUGGCUAGUAUAGGUAUACUGAGUAUAUGGAUAACUGUUUAUCUAAACAAGGAUAAAGAGGUUAUAAUAAAUACAGGUUAUCAUUAUGUUCCUUUCUUACUUGGUGGAGGUUUGCUCUGUCAAGUUCACGGAGUUGGAGUAUUCAUCCUUCAAGCUACUCCAACCAGUUGCUACUUGCUUCAGCUGAUGUCUGCUCUGGGUCCUACCCUGAUACUAGCAGCAAUCCUGGUUAAAACCUACAAGAUUUAUCAGAUAUUCAUCAAAACCUUUCAGGAUGGACAUCUUCAACUUCAGUCAAGUUUAAUCUGCUCGAAGUUGCAGGAUAGAUUAGCAAUAUUUGGUCAGAAAACUCUACAGAUAGCAGCAGUAACAGUCAUCAUUGCUCUUCAACUUUGUAUAGUAAUUGUUGGGAACUGUAUGAACAACACGCACGGUGUAGUUAUACACAUUUAUCCUGCUAAUAGGCAUAUACAGGUUUGUGAUACUUCUAUACUGGAACUGUUUACUACACAGAUAUUCAAUAUAAUACUUCUUAUUGUUGCAACCUUCUAUGGUUACAUGGCCAGGCAUGUCCCCAGUAAGUACAACGAAACCAAGUUCAUCAGCUUCGCGAUGUUUGCAGUUUUCUUGAUCACCAUAGCAGGGACAGCAGUUCUUCUAGCAAUACAUGAGUCUGCUGGGUAUGACAAGGACAGUAAAGAACACGAACCAGAGCUUGAAAUGGUGGUUUACUGUACUAUGGUUGGUUUGGCAGGAGUAUUUACUGUACUGCUCAUGUUUACAAACAAGCUUAAAGUACUGUACAAGCUGUGGAAAAGAGACAAGAUGAAAACUGAAGUUAAAGAGAUGACUACAAAGCUAACAAGUUAAUAGUUUAGAUAAUUUUGUUUAUUCUUCAUGUUAUUUUUUUGCAUUAAUUAAUUAAUUAAUAAAAUUAAAAUUAUAUCUGUAAAAGUUUUUGACAAAGCUAAUUAAAAUGUUGAUAAAGGUUUUUAUAAAGUAAUAUCAAAUUUUCCGCAUACAUAGAAUAUUAUUGUUAUGUUUAUAACCAGAAAACUCUGAAAUAAGAAAACGUCUUAAGACUUAAGUUGUAACUUUAAAUAUUCCAGUAAGCAUGGGAUGGGACACAGUAAUUGUGCAUUGUAAACAGACCCAUUUUACUUAUUUUGUGCGUUUAAGAUGUAUAUAUUUGCUAGGUAACAAUUAUUACUAUAAUGCGACCUAUUUCAGUGUUUUUUAUUAUCAAUAGGGGAUUUUACCUUGAGAACCAUAAAACUGUGCAAUAGGAAGACGACUUUUAAGCAAUCAUAUGUUUUUUGAUGAUUUUUAAAAGGCAAACACUUCUACCACUUGCUUCAAAAUCAACUUAUUAAGUUAAAUUGUUCUGUGUAUGUAAUAAAUAUUGGGAAACACAAUAUUCUGUAAACCUGCACUACAUUGUACAUUAUUAGCUAUCUAUGUUUGUAAACUUCUACGCAAAAACCAUAAUUCAUGAUUAGUGAUUAGUUUAAUCAUGUGAUAUAUAUAAUGACGUACAACUUAAUUGUGCAUAUUUCAACUGUGUUGUAAAACCUAAUAUGAUUGCCUUAAUCAUGUGAUAUAGAUAAUGAUGUACAUCUUAAUUGUGCAUAUUUUAACUGUGCUGUAAAACAUAACAUGAUUUUGC